GCGUGGAACGUCGCGGGAUUGCGCUCGUUUCACGAGAAAUCGCUCGAUCGGUUGCGAGGGGUGAUCGCGGGAGAGGCGCCGGACGUGGUGAUUUUGCAAGAGCACAAGCUGCAGGAGACGCACUGCGCGGCGUUUACGGAGCGGUUGAGGCGGGACUUUCCGAUGUAUAAGACGGUGCAGUUCGCGGUGAGCGUGGCGAAGAAGGGGUACAGUGGAGUGGCGACGUACGACGGGCCAAAGUUGUUGGAGAUUCGCGAAGGGUUGGGCGCGCGAGGAUACACGGACGAGGGACGGACGAUGACGCUGGAGUUUGAGGGGUUUUACCUCGUCACCGCGUACGUGCCGAACAGUGGACAAGAUCUGAAGCGUUUGGAUUAUCGAAUCGGCGAGUGGGAGCGCGACAUGCGCGCGCAUCUCAAAGAACUCGACGCGAAGAAACCGGUGGUGUACAUGGGCGAUUUGAACGUCGCGCAUCUGGAUUCUGAUAUUUGGAACGUCGGUGCGUCGCAUAUUAAGAAGAGCGCGGGGACGACGCCUCAAGAGCGCGAGGCUUUCGGGGUCAUGCUCGAGGAGAACGACUUGCGCGACGCGUUUCGACAUUUCCACGGCGACGCCGUCGGUUGGUUUUCUUAUUGGAGCGUUCGCGCGGGGAAUCGCCCGUUCAACAAAGGUCUUCGACUCGAUUACACCUUGGCGUCGAAAAGAGUCUUCGACGGCGGCGCUGAUGGCGUCGAAGUUGUGGACGCGUUCAUUCUCGACAAGGUCCUUGGGUCUGACCACGCGCCAGUCGGCGUGACGCUCGCGCUC